AUGAUUGUCUGGUUUCCAUUGUUGUGUCUCCUUUCCCUUUCCCUUCCUUCUUCAUUACACUCUUCAUCAUUUCUGCCAUCUCCCUUUGCUCGUCCUCCGCCACAGUGCCACCCCCAUGAAAGCUCUGCUUUGCUUCAGUUCAAAAACUCUUUUUCCACUGUCAUUGAUAGUUCUUACUUUUAUGUGUGUGAUAAUUUCUAUGGAUUUGCUAAUCCUAACAGCACAACAUCUUGGGUUACAGGCAGGAGUUGUUGUACAUGGAGUGGAGUCACAUGUGAUGAGGAGACAGGUCAUGUCAUUAGGCUUGAUCUUGGAUGCAGUGGGCUUGAGGGCAUUAUCGACUCUGACAGCGCCCUUUUCUCCCUCACUCAUCUCCAAACUCUGAUUCUCUUCAAUAAUUAUUUCGUCGGUUCUGAAAUUUCACCCAAAUUCGGUGCGUUUGUAAGUAUGACCCACCUUGACCUUUCUUACACUGGUUUCAGUGGCCAAGUCCCUCUGAAAAUCUCACACUUGUCUAGUUUGGUUACACUUAAUCUUUCUCAGAACUAUGAUUUGAGUCUAGACAGUUAUAGUUUGAAACAAAUCGUUACAAACUUAACUAGUCUCAGAGAAUUGUCCUUGGGUGGUGUUAAUAUGUCUUAUGUCUCACCCAAUUCCUCCUUGAAUUUUUCAGCUUCUUUGGUGUCUCUUGAUAUUAGUUAUAGUGGAUUGACAGGAGAAUUUCCAGAAAAUAUUUUUCACUUACCAAAUGUUCAAGAGCUUAGAUUAUCACACAAUGAAAAUCUCACUGGUUCGAUUCCUCGAUAUAAUUGGACCGGCCCACUCAGAUAUUUGAGCCUUUCUUCCACUCGAUUCUCGAUAGAUUUACCAUACGUUAUCAGGAAUCUGAAACACUUGGAUCAUUUGGAUGUCAACAACUGCAAUUUGAAAGGAUCGUUUCCUGCACUUUCUAGCAACAUUACUCAAAUCACCUCCUUAGAACUAUCUUCUAAUCAUUUCGACGGUCAAAUCCCGUGGGGAUUCGUCAACAUGCGAAAACUAUCUUUCUUAGAUCUUUCAAACAAUAAUUUCAAAGGCGAGCUCCUUCAGAUUUGUAAUUCCACAAAUAAAACUUUUUUAUGUGAGUCUUCAAAAGAUCAGUUAGUGGGUCCUGUUCCAUUGCAUUUGGAAUCCUUGUUCUUACACGGUAACUUUCUUAAUGGCACAAUACCUUCUUGGCUAUAUUCCCAUCCAUCUUUGCAGAAUCUCCACCUAGAUCAUAACCAAUUCACUGGUCAUAUUGGCGAAUUUCAGUAUAAUUCUUUGGUGAAUCUUGGUUUGAGUUCAAACAAACUGCAGGGCCUCAUUCCCAGCUCAAUUUUUCAGCAAGUGAAUCUUUUGGGUUGA